AGCCGGUUCGCGUGCAGGGCGAGCGUGUAGGUAUCUUAUUGCAUAGUUGAAGAAAAUUUUUUUUGAAUUCGUUUUCGUAGAUUGACGUGAACGUGUACUACUAGGACAUUAUACCUCUAAAUGACAGCCUCAUGAUUUUUCCGCUGCAGCUUCCGGAAUCAAUUAUCAAAGUAUGGUCUAGAAUGUCUUCUUAGGCUGGUGAUAAUCGAUCAAACAAGAGAGGACGCAGAUGAAAAUUGCGCUCUAUCUUUCCUUUUUAUCAUUAUCGCAGAUGAUAGGGUUCCCGGGUUUAGGUUCGUUUAGGGUUUCUAUCUUGAUCUUAUCCAACAACAUCCUCCCAUCGACGACCCGAUAGAAAUGAAGAGGAAUAGCCUCACCUUUACGCUGGCGGCAGCACUUCUGCAUGUGACCUAUGACUAGAACAAAAGUAGAGAUCCCACACGGCAAAAACAUGCAUGAGCAGGUAAAUGUGAAAAAUGAUCGCCAUCUUAAUAUGCAGGUUAAGCCACUUCGUUGGAGAAAGCAGUAGCGCCACAAACCAGACACUAAUCUCCAACCUUACUACUUCGUGUCGCUUCCCCGUUUUUUUUUCCAGCGACGUCCGUGUGAUGGUGUCUCUUCAAAGAACUUAAGAGUUAGCAGGCUGUCGCGUAUGCCGACCUAGUAGUCUCCGCUAUGUAAAGUUUCAAGUCUUUUAGAAAGCAUACCUGUGGCUAGCACACCCCAAAGAAAUAUAUCCUGAUGAUAUGAUGUGCUACCACCUGAAUUUUCCAUAAAUGCGACCCCCCCCCUCCCGCGCUCCCCGCCCAGCCCUUUUCCGAAGAAAAUGUCCGUUUCCACCAAGUCGGCCCGCUCCGCCUUCACGCACGAAUUUCCCCAUUGGGAAGACCACCCCCUGGACGCCUUUCCGAACACCCGGCUAAACAGUUUGAUCGAGGAGUGGUGCUGGCAGGAAAAAGUCGGCUCCUGGGUGUUCAACUGCAAUGCUAAGAGCAAAAAUGGACCAGAAACUUCUACAGCCUCAACGCCAAAAAUUCGCCUGGACAACGACGCGCUGCUGUACAUUUGCAAGUACCUGUUCGUGCGGAAAUUGAAAAUCUGUAAACGGUACCCCCGGAACUUCGCCGAAUUUGAGGACUUGCGGAAAAAGUCGUACUUUUUCGCGAACGCGGACAAAUGCCAGCCGACGCCGAUUGUCGGUAUAGAAACAGCGUACUUUGAUUCCUAAGUGUAACAAUGUGCGAAGAUGACGUGGCACCACUUCGAGUACCGACGCGGCGAGAAGUUUCCUACACAGCCUAUAGUGCCAUAUGUGCGUCGAAAAAUGUCAGGAAGACAAGUACACGUCGAAAAAUUCACUUUACUUAGGUUCCCGGAGCAAGCAUCACCUGCAGUUUGGCCAGAACCUAAAAUACAUCGCUGGACAGGCGAACGUAUCCACUGCAAAAGCAACAUCGCACUCAUAGUAAAUGCACCGCGCAAACUACAAUUUCGCCAAAGUAGAAACUCGAACUUGCCAUGCAAAAUCAGAUAGCAAAAGCAAAAUCUUUCUGUCAUGCAUGUUAGCACGACCACGAGCAGUGCGAUACUUUUGCAGUGGAUAGAGCGACUGGGUUUUCUUUACGGGGGAUUAUAGUCAAGUCGUGUUCUUCGAGGACUUCAAAUUUGAGGACAACGAUGUGGGCGAUCUCGGCAUGUGCCACCUGGCGGACUUUUUGGUCAUGUCCAACGUUUUGGUCCGGAACUUGCGGUUUUUCAAAAACAAAGUCGGGGAGCUCGGCGCGGUCGCCAUGGCGGGGUAUCUGCAAAAGGCGCCAGUGCACGAGUUCCACGCAUCCCACAAUUUCAUCCCCCGCCUUGGGUGCAUGGCGUUGGUUGUUGCCGCCGCUAGUAACCCACACUACCCGCUUUGCUUCCCGGAAUACUACAAGUGGCAAUUGCAGCAAGGCAGGGGCAGCAGCAGCAGGAGUUCCUACCAGCGUUACACCAACCAGACCGACCACGCCUGGCAGACCAUGCGGGAAGACGGGCCGCAGCCGCGGCCGUUGUGGAUGCGUUUGGAGUCGAACAUCAUCGAGGGGUGGACGGAGAUGCGCACCAUGGAAGCGGAGCGGGCGUUCCACCAGCACUGCAAGUUCGCUCAUUUACUCGACCCCCGCGCCGCCAUCUGCCCGGAAUUCUUGACGGAGUUGCGCGCGGCACGGUCGCGGGAGGACGACCUGAUUUGCGAAAUCCGGGACAAGCAAAACACCUCCUGCACGCCGAGGUUCUGCAUCGGGAGUUGUCGAAGGGGGUACUGCGACCAAAAGGGAGCCUCGAAAGACGGGGUGCUGAAGCGGGGGAAAGUGGUGGAUUUGGGGCAGGGACUGGGAAAAAUCAACAUGAUGUGGUACAAAAUGCCGAAAAUGCACAUUUGCUACAUGAACAGCAGCAAAAUGGAACUUGAAAACCGGAAAAAAAUCGCGCCGCCCAUCGCAAAGGUAUACGUAUUUUUUUUUCGUAAGAUUGAGUGAUUGAGAUUGUUGGACUUCGAUCGCGAUCGCAAUCAUGGCUUUUACAGGCAGAAACACAAGAACGAAUGAUUUUUUUGUUUGUGCGAUUGUAUCAUCACAAUUUAUUUUCCCAGGUUCCUUACGAAGGUCAGUUGUACCGGCACGGCUUCACGUUUUUUAUGCAGCACGUUUACCAGCGGCACAACCUACCGGCUCCGAAAACCCUACAGCUCGCACUGGAACUCCCUUUAGAUAUUUCUCGGCGGUACUACCCGGACCUGACGCACGACGGGACCAGCGGCGCGGGCAGCCCGCGGGUGUUGGAUUUGAAUGUGGCCGCAGCAGCGGCCGCGAUAUCGUCUACUACGACUCCGCAGACGCCGGCUGGUACGGGGACAGCUUCACCUGGCGGUGUAGUAGUCAACGCCGGGGGCAAGCAAGACGUCGAGAGCAGUGGUGCUUCGGCUCCGAUUGCCGGCGCACCACAGCUUGA